AUGGGAAGAUGGGCCAACUGUAGCUGGAUUGGGCCUGAGAUCCCUCUGUCAUCACAGAUCUUCAGUGCCAUUAAAGAUGAGCUGUGGCUCUUCCUCAUCCCAGCCGGCCUGGCUGUCAUUUCACUGGGGGUGUUUCUGGAGGAGGUGGGCUUCUUCCUGCGCCACAUUGCCUCGUCCAGACGAAAACGGCUCUACCUGUGGAUAUUAGGAAUGUACCCGGUAUUUGCCUUGACCUCCCUCAUAGCGCUGUAUGUUCCACGCUCUUCAUCGCUGUGUAAUUUCCUUGCCUCACUAUACCACUCCAUCACCCUGCUGAAGUUCAUGGGACUGAUCACAGACUUCUUUGGAGGGAAAGCUCGUAUGCUGGCGGCUCUGUCUAGUCAGCAGGUAUCUCCAGAUCCUUUCCCCUGCUGCUGCUGCUGCUGUCUCCCGAUGGUGGCCAUCAGCAGCAGCAGCCGUGGCUGGAUGAUGGCGGCUGUGCUGCAGCUCUGUGUUGUCCGCAGCAUCUUGUUCUUUGUCACUCUGGUCCUGUGGACAGAUGAGCAGUAUGACUAUGGUGAUGUGGAUUCAGUUAACCCCAACCUGUAUGUGAACGGUAUCAUAUGUGUGUCCACCUUCGUGUCCUUCUAUGGCCACCUUCUCUUCUACAAAGCCACUAAGAGUGCUCUACAUGGCUAUGGGCUGAGAGCCAAGUUCAUCUGCGUCAUUGUGGUGUUGGUGCUGUGUGGCCUGCAGAGCGGCAUCUUGGAGACCAUGGGUGCUCUGGAGGUUAUCCCCUGCACACCACCCUUCUCUGUCCUGACCAGGUCCCAGUUGAUCUACCACUACUGUGUGAUUGUGGAGAUGUUCUGUAUCGGCCUGUAUGCCCGCCACACUUUCCGUAAGGUGGAGCUGAGCGUGGUGGAGGAUGUGGAGGGGCCCGUCAGAGUCCAUCAGAUGGAAAAGGCUGUUCAAACAGACGACGAUCAGAUGACACAUCACAGGCCCGGCUUGCUCAGCCGCUGCCUCGUCAGCGCCUCCAACGCCAGUUACAGCAGUGACAGUGAGGACACCCUGUGCAGGAUAGAGCAUGCACCUCUGGAUGGUUUCCCCUUCCCUCAGGCCAGAGGUCAGCAGCCAGGCAGGAGAGAACCAGUGGAACCCAGGUCUGCAGAGGAACCGGGUGUAGAUCUGACCCACAUUACUGUCAGGGCUGAUAUUAACUAUCGGGACUCUAACGAUGUCACUGUGGUUUGA